UGACUAUUUCACCAGAAAGCAAAGCGUAAGCACAAUCCAACAAACUCACGGACCCUUUUCAGAUUCCAGAAACCUUUCCAUCGAUUCCACUCUGGCUCUCACAAUACAAUACCCAUUUGAUUCGAUCAUGGCUUUACUGACACUCUAAUCUCUAGCAUCUGAUUCAUUUUCUAUCUCAGAAACCCUAAUUCCAAUCCGUGUUGAAUUUGUAUAAAACAAGCUGCACGAUCAGAAUCGAAAAAUGGCUGCGUCAGAAGUGGAUAAAGCUAAGACUUGGGAGGAGGCUCUGAGGAAGAUGGUCCCCGCCGGAGCCCCCUUGCCGGACGAAGACCAGCUCGACUUCUCGAUUGCCAUCGAGUACGAAGGUCCUCCGGUGCCCUACGAUGUCCCCAAGGUCGAUCCUCUCGACGUCGAUUCCAUUUCCAUUCGGAGUUCUUCGAUCGUAUCGGUUUCCGAUUACGGCUCUGCCGUUCCGGUCGUCGCGCCGGUUUUCCCCAUCGGGAAGAUUUCGAGGUUCAACAGAGUCCGGAACGGAGGUCUGAGUAGAGAAUUGAGGAGUCCGUUGGAGGGCAGCCGGAGGUCGUCAUCGUCGGUGUCGAGGACUCAAUUGGAGCGAGAGGAUUCUGAUUGUGGCGGGAACGAAAGAGUUGAGGAGGAACUGUCUACUUCCGCUGCGUCCUUGGCGCAAGAGUCGAAUCUUGUUUCUGCUUCGAGUUUCGACAGUUCCGAUUGCAAACCAGUUGGGGAAGGAAGACGAGCGACUGUGGUAACUUUCAUAACAGACACGGACAACGAUGAGGACGAGUCCUUUUCGCCCCAAUUGAGUGUAGCUGAUGUAGCAGCUUCUUCGCCUGUUGAGGGUCCGAGUGAAGAGAAGGGGCUGCGGAAGAGAGGAAUUUGCAGUAGGUGUGGGAAAGGGAAUAGGUUGAAGGAGAGGGAGGCUUGUAUUGUAUGUGAUGAAAGGUAUUGUAGCAAUUGUUUGCUCAAAGCUAUGGGGUCUAUGCCAGAAGGUCGAAAGUGUGUGGGCUGCAUUGGGCAGCCCAUAGACGAGUCGAAGCGGUCCAGAUUGGGAAAAUCAUCGAGAAUGUUGUCCAGGGUGUGCAGUCCUUUGGAGAUUAAGCAGAUUAUGAAAGCUGAGAAGGAAUGCUUGGCGAAUCAGCUUCGGCCUGAACAGCUUGUUGUGAAUGGGAGGCAGUUGCAGCAAGAAGAACUGGAGGAGAUUUUGGGUUGCUCAAUCCCACCUCAGAAGUUGAAGCCUGGGAGAUACUGGUACGACAAGGAUUCAGGACUUUGGGGGAAGGAGGGAGAGAAGCCUGAUAAAAUUAUUAGUUCAAAACUGAAUGUUGGGGGUAAGCUCCGGCCAGAUGCGAGUAAUGGGAAUACAAAAGUUUACAUUAAUGGCCGUGAAAUCACAAAAAUUGAGCUCAGAUUAUUGAAACUGGCCAAGGUACAGUGCCCACGAGAUACUCAUUUUUGGGUGUACGAUGAUGGAACAUAUGAAGAAGAAGGUCAAAAUAACAUAAAAGGCAACAUAUGGGGAAAGGCGUCCACUCGUUUCAUGUAUUCAUUAUUUUCAUUACCCGUACCACAUGCAAAUCCUCAUGGCCCAAAAGAAGAUUCAACCACUUUUUCAUGUAGAUCAGUGCCUGAUUAUUUAGAUCCUGGAAGAGUUAAGAAACUUCUGUUGUUCGGGCUGGAGGGUUCUGGGACAAGCACUAUCUUCAAACAGGCCAAGUUCUUAUAUGGAAACAAGUUCACUCCUGAAGAGCUGCAGAACAUUAAGCUUAUGAUUCAAAGUAACCUGUACAAAUAUCUCAGUAUCUUGCUUGAGGGGCGAGAGCGUUUUGAAGAAGAGGCUUUGGUGGAAAGAAAGAAUACUGUUUCAAUUGCUGAAGAAUCUGAGUCAGGUGAAACGGCAUCUGACGGAACUCAACAGUGCAUUUAUUCAAUCAAUCAAAGGUUUAAGCAUUUCUCUGACUGGUUACUGGAUAUCAUGGCUAUGGGGGACUUGGAUGCUUUCUUUCCUGCUGCAACACGUGAGUAUGCUCCUAUCGUGGACGAGGUUUGGAAAAUUCCUGCAAUCCAGGAAACUUACAAGAGGAAGGAAGAACUGCAUUUUCUUCCAGAUGUUGCCAAAUAUUUCUUAGAUCGGGCUAUUGAGAUAUCAAGCAAUGAGUAUGAACCUUCAGAGAAAGACAUUCUAUACGCUGAAGGAGUCACUCCUGGCAAUGGACUUGCCUUCAUUGAAUUCUCAUUUGAUGAUCACAGUCCCAUGUCCGAGAUAUACAAUGAAAACUUGGAAUGCCAACAACCUCCUUUGGCCAAGUACCAAUUAAUUCGCAUAAAUUCAAAGGGAUUGCACGAUGGCUGCAAAUGGCUAGAAAUGUUCGAAGAUGUGAGGGCAAUAAUAUACUGUGUUGCCUUGAGCGACUAUGACCAGGUGUUUGACCAUAACACAGGUCCUCUUCAAAAUAAAAUGCUGGCUAGCAGGGAUUUGUUUGAGAAUGUGGUGGGACAUCCUUGUUUUCGGGACACCCCUUUUAUGCUUCUCCUCAACAAAUAUGACGCCUUUGAGGACAAAAUCAACCAGGUUCCCUUAACAGUAUGCGAGUGGUUCAGGGACUUCAGUCCUGUGAGGCCUCAUAACAGUAAUCAAUCCCUGGCACACCAAGCGUAUUAUUAUGUGGCUAUAAAGUUCAAAGAGCUCUAUGCUUCCAUCAGUGGCAGGAAGCUGUAUGUGUGGCCGACCAGAGCUCGGGAGCGAACAUCGGUCGAUGAGGCAUUUAAGUAUGUUAGGGAGGUCCUCAAGUGGGAUGAAGAGAAGGAUGAAAAUAUGUAUGGAAUCAAUGGGGAUGAUUCAUUCUACAGUACCGAAUUGAGUUCCUCGCCUUAUAUUAGGCAGGAAUGAAACCGCAGAAGCUAUUGUUUUUUAUGUAAUGCGAAAUUGAAGGCAUCAGUUAGGCCUUUGGAUUCUUUUACAGCCGGAAAGGCGUGGGUGGGUUUAUGCUAUAUUGAUGCAAUCAAGAGAGAAGAAUUAAGUGCAGUGUCUGGUUUUGGUUUAAUCUGGGAUUUUUUUUUUUUGUUUCCUCGGAAAGUAACUCUCGUACCCGCUUUUCCCUUAUGGGAGCUAAAGUAGAUACCAUUGGGCUACACUCUUUGGUGGGAUCUGACACUGGCAUGGAUGUGAUUAAUAGAUUAGCUCAAGUUUUAUUUGGUAGAUGUGUGUGUUUGUGGCUAAUUCUUGACUUGUACAUUUGUCACUAUUUUCUUCAGCAUAAAGAAAGAGAGCGCCUGCAUUUUUUAGUCCCAUUUUCUUACAAGGUUUGAUGUAAAAAGGUGGGCAGAAUUCUACCUGUCGUACUCCAAUUGACAUAUAUUAGAAAUUUGGUUGUGAAUUGAA